AUGGAUGAGAAAGAUGAUGAUUUAAAUUUGAGCUUGAGAUGCCCAGAUAACAAGAAUCUGGAUCCACCCACACCCAAUUUCCCCUUGAAUCUAAUGAAGUCUGCUUUGCCUUUUAUGCAUUAUCAUGGGAAUGAUCUGUUAAAAUCACCGGCUGACCGCAUUGCUGAGACCAGAUCGUUUUUUCAAGGAAUCGACGUGAACAGGCCUGUGACUGUUAUAGACUGUGAGGAAGUAGUGAUGGCGUCAUCACCAAACAGUACAGUGUCAAGUGUGUGUGGAAAGAGGGGUGAGAGAGAGGAGAACGACGGUGAGAGAGCCACCAGCUCUUUGGAGGAUGAUGACGGUGGCGAUGUGGAAGGGAGGAAGAAACUGAGGCUCUCCAAGGAACAGGCGGCGGUGCUUGAAGAAACAUUCAAGGAGUAUAAUACUCUCAGCCCGAAGCAAAAGUUGGCUUUGGCGAAAGAGCUGAAUCUGAGGCCUAGGCAGGUGGAGGUGUGGUUUCAGAACAGGAGGGCAAGGAUCAAAUUGAAGCAAACGGAGGUUGAUUGCGACUACUUGAGGCGGCGAUGUGAACAUCUAACGGAGGAAAACAGGCGGUUGCAGAAGGAAGUGAACGAUCUAAGAGCAUUGAAGCUCUCCCCACACUUUUACAUGAACACGAACCCUCCAACCACUCUUACCAUGUGUCCUCAAUGCGAACGCGUGGCUGUCUCUUCUUCAUCAUACUCAGCUACUGGUGCUGGAAUCUCUCGCCAACACAAUCCGGUUGCGGCCGCCCACCAACGUCCAAUGCCUAUGCCCGUAUCGAAGUUUCAAUGUUAA